AUCAACCCGUUGACGCCAAGAGUCUUGCCAUACAUGGAUUUCGCAGUUGAGUUUGCACACGAUGAAAAUAUAUUGAGAAAGGAGUCAUGUGCGUCCUAUUUAAAUCAACUUUUAUCGCUGUUAAGUUUGGACUCACAAAUCGAUGAUGAUGAUGAUGAUGAUGAUGACGAGGAUAGUAAGGAGACGAUUUGUCUGCGUCAGAGACUGAUGUUCUAUAAAACGGAAAUCGAUGCCUUGGAUAAGGCAUCAUCAGAUUAUUAUGUGAAAAAAGAGAAGCUCAUAUUCAAGGUUGUGUGCGAAAUCAAGGGCUAUGAUUAUGAUCAAUAUCUGACAGAUAAUCAGCUAUACAAUGAAGCAAUGGAGCAAUGCCUCGAAGAGGAGUCCAAUUUCUGCGAGGAACAAUAAACCAUUGCUGGUAUGAUAUAAAUUUCUCAAUAAAGAGCAUUACCAAAAGGCAAAUAA